CACGCCGCGGUUGGCAGCUGGGCGAGGCAUCAUGUGAGCACCGGGCGGAGCUCCUGGUUUCUUACAGCUGUUGCCCCUUCAAAAUCAUCAAAGCAGGAAGCAAAGAGCCGGGAGGCUGUUUUGAAAAUAACAUCGGUGUACGAAAGUGCUGCCUGAAGAAAGGGAAUCCAGAGAAAUCAACUCAGGCACUGAAAACAGGAUGGAGAGCUGGCAAGAGAUCCCCUACUCUGUCAGCAGUAAUACAACAGAUCUGACCAUUGGCUUCAUUUCCUCAGCAAUUGCUGUUGUCUUAUUUGGAUCCAACUUUGUACCGGUGAAGAAGUUUGACACUGGCGAUGGAAUGUUCUUCCAGUGGAUUCUUUGUGCUGCUAUCUGGAUUGUUUCUUUAAUUGUUAACCUGAUUCAGAACAGCCCUAAGUUUUGGCCUCUUGCUAUGGUUGGGGGCUUUUUAUGGGCUACAGGUAAUGUAACAGUUGUUCCAAUUGUUAAAACCAUUGGGUUAGGCCUUGGACUUUUAAUCUGGGCUUCUUUUAACUUGCUCACUGGCUGGGCAAGCUCAAGAUUUGGCUGGUUUGGAAUUGACCCAGAAGAAGUCAGAAAACCAGUUUUGAAUUAUAUUGGAGCAGCACUUUCACUAUUUAGCUGUAUCAUAUUUCUUUUCAUAAAAAGUGAAGUUGAAAACUCUUCACUAUCUUCAGAAAGCAGUCCGUUAUUAAGAGAACAGUCUAUCAACAGUUCUGAGUACAGAGUCGAAAACAGGAGUGAUGUAUCUUGGGUGGACAACCUUUCUCCAUUGGGAAAAAGAAUGGUAGGCUGCUUUCUGGCUAUGAUCGCUGGGAUAUUCUAUGGCUCCAGUUUUGUACCUGUGUUUUACAUCAAGGACCAUGGCAGAAGAAAUGGGACUAUAUAUACAGGAGCUAGUCAAUUUGAUUUAGAUUAUGUAUUUGCCCACUUCAGUGGUAUCUUCCUUACAAGCACUGUCUACUUUCUCCUCUACUGUGCAGCAAUGAAAAAUAACCCUAAGGUUUAUCCUAGAGCCAUAAUACCAGGGUUUAUUUCUGGCACAUUAUGGGCAAUAGCCAAUUGCUGCUGGUUUAUAGCAAACCAUUAUCUCAGCGCUGUUGUGAGCUUCCCAAUAAUCACUGCUGGUCCUGGUUUUAUAGCUGCAGUGUGGGGAGUGCUGGUGUUUAAAGAAAUAAAGGGACUAAAAAACUAUCUGCUGCUCUUAAUAGCAUUCUGCAUUAUUUUGGCUGGAUCCCUCUCUACAGCUUUUUCUAAAGUGUGAAGAAACACCUCUUGACCCAGCAGAUGGCACCACGAGUUAAUACAUGUAAGACGUUCAAGAUUGCUCCUGAUCUUUGGAGGCAUCACUUAUGUCUUUGUUCUCACCAUAAAAACAGAAACUUUGGGAGGAAUAUUUUUAAUGAAGAAUAUUCACUGUGGUCUGUCUUCAUUGCUUAAAAUAAGAAACCCAUUUUUUUAAAAAAAAAAGCUUAAGUGUGGACAGUUAGAUAUCAAGCGUUUUUCAAAAGUUUUGAUGCUGUAAUAUUUUUUUAUCUUGUGGCUGUUACCUUGUUGGGAAGGGAAGGAAAUAUUUGAAAAAUGUAAAGAAAUAAAAUAUACUUACCCUCUACAUUUCUUUUCCCAUUCUUAGUUUCUUUCAGUACACAGAUUUAUAUUAAAAAAAAAAUUGGAGGACCCCUCCUAAAUUUUUCAUUACUGGACUGGUCCUGAAUUAUUUGAGAGUUUUGUUUUCUUACAGGCUGACAGUAAAUCCAUAAACAUCUAGCUAUGUGUGCUAUGUUGAGACUCACAUUCAAGUGGCUUCCUGAAGUUAAGCAGGCCUAUGCAAUAUCAUCUGGGAAAUAUUGUUUAUAGUAUUAUAGAUUUUUUAUAUAAGAAGUGUAGAAUAUAUGGAUUAAAAAAAAUAAUAUCUGAGGCUAUGUAUAGUUGUGCAGAGAACUCACCAUGGCUCUUUGACUGAAAUAUUUGAUUGAAGUAUAAGGGGAUUGUAAUUAGUUCUACAGGUAUUGUACAGAUCCAAAAGAAAAGAACGCAGGAGCAAAUUGCAUAGAAAUAGUGGGAACAGAUCAGUAAUGUGUAAUGUAAUAAAGUGGUAAUGUGUGAUUUUAAUAAAGCAG